AUGGACAUCACCUGCUGCGAUAUGGAGGUAGCAGUCAUUGCACGCAACAUCCUCCUUCUGACGCUCAUACUGGACGACUCCAACGGUGAAAGUAACAGAGACAACUGGAACAUCUACUACCACCUCUACCUCGAUCAGGCAUGCCACACCAGGCUUCGGUCACAAGCUAAGAAACUCCAUGGCUUGUCUUCUUCCAUGAAAGCCUGGCGCGCCAGUGAAUACAGCAAGCUCAUUCGCUUCUGUGACCAAGGGACACUUAGGAGAGUGGGUGAGGUCUGGAAUUUCUACUUCUUCGAGAGCGGCAAAGACAGGCAGGCCAAUCUAGAGACGGCCAUCAAGACUGCAAUUCAGCGACGCAACGAAAUCACAGCCGGAAUGGGCAAGUCCAAUCUGAGUGCCCGUCGAUCAGUCGACCCGGUCAACACCGCUAGUCUUGAAGACUUGAGCGAGCUACACACACAUUUCUGGGAGUAUGGCAGACUGGAACUCGACGAAGUGAAACUGUCCCAAGCUGUAUAUGCGAAUCCUAUGUUUGUCCCACCUAACACAGCCACUUCGCUUCAUUGGGGAACCGAUCCGCUAUUGGGCUUUCAUCUAUCGGCUGCCUACUGCCCUCUAACCGACGGAUCACCACCAAGUCGCCAGGGAGGCCGGAAGACUAGCCUUCCACAUGUUGUUGAGUUCGUGCAUACUGAAUUCGCUACCUGGUCGAACUCCUUCAGGGAUCGUGCUAUUGGCAAACUGACUCUCCGAUUCUUCACGGGAGAAGCCCUCGCCUUCUCCCACGCUUUGCAACACAGAAGUGCGACUGGAGGUUUUGGCCAUGCAGGGUCAGCGCCCUACACUUUCACUGUCAUUGACACAUCUAAUCUUAUCGACCAUGCUGGCGCCCUCAACCUCUUGACUGCAACCUCGCCGCUUUUGGCGGAGGAUACGGCAGCUAGCCUGUAUACCGAAAUACUGGUCCGGCAGACCGAAUCGCAUCAAGAACUGGCCGAUAGCUUACUCUUUGGGCAUCUUCCCACCAUCUCUCUUCUCCUUGGUCUGUUCCCAGCCGACUAUUGGACGAACACAUCCCCUGUCUCUAUCUUCGACGAAUUCAUUAAUGGAUAUUGUCGCCCAGUUACAUGGAAGCGAUCCCCUCACCCCCAGCCACACCCUCCUCGGCCGCUGUCGCGCGUGCAGCCCUUGCGCAUGGAUGAGGAUAGCCUGACCGAGGUCCUCUUCCAGGAGCUGUUCGUGUAUAUGCACCUGUUUGGCGUGUUCUCUGUUGACACACUACGGAAGGAGGUCUACAACCCAGGAGCAUCUUCUGAUGCACAAGACAGCCUCCUUGCCUGGAAGGACUUGCCGUCUACAGUCUCAGUCACGCUAAAAGUGCUGAGGGAGAACGUGGCAAUUUUCAUCGACGAAGACUCUACGAACGUUGGUACGGUGCCAGUUCUGUGUUCCUUGGAGAACUCACGCACGUCUACAAUGCGACCCUGGCUGAAUAU